GGAGAUAGGCAGAAGCUUGGAGGGAAAUAACAUCUGCAGUGACCCAAAGUCCAGAAGCAGAACCACUGUGCUCCAUUUACCACUUCAAGAGCCUGUGACCUGAAGGUUGAGCUCAGGGGCGCUCCCAGACAAGUCACUGAAGUUCUCCCUUUGGUCCACCUGCUGACCUCUGCUCUGCCCUGAUUACACCCAAAAGAUGGAGAGAUCCACACGAGAAAUUUGCCUCAACUUUAUGAUAGUCCUGAUUACUGUAUUGCUCAUGUGGCUCCUUAUGAAGUCUUACCUCGAGUAAAAGACAAUCAGAAACUCUGGGAGGUUAGUUGUGUGUCUCUGCAGACAUAAGUAACACCCACAGCACACUGCUGGGAAUUGCUUUCAGUCAAAUGAGGAUGUUGUGAAUCUUUUUUUACUCUCAUAUCUGUUGCCUGUGCUAAUGUUUGUGAUGGGUCUAUGAUGGUGUAAUCAUUUUAUUCUGCAGUGAUCCAGCU